UUUCCUUGUUCUAAUUCCUCCAUCCCGUUGGGAGCACGAAAUUGCAAAACCUAGCCUCUGCUUAUGUAUGCGUCGCCGGAAUCUACAGAAGAACAGGCAAAACAGAGGGUUAUUCCAAUAUUUAUCGGUGAUAAGAUACACGUUUGAAGAUAGAUAGCGAUAUUCAAUAUGUCAUCGAAUAAGAGCGAAGAGAAAUCUCAGGCCGCGGCGGACAGAAUUAAGGCGGCGGCGUUGACUGCGGCGAAGGGGCUUAGCCGUGCGCAGGCAGAGCGGGCAGCGGCAGCGGCUGCGCGGAACGUGAAUGCGUACGGGCAGAAGGAGGAGGGGCCCAGCCGAUGGCAGGAGAAGAGGGAGGCGAAGCGGCAGAUGUAUCUUAUGAGCACCGAAAAGGCCGUGAAAUUGGGCGAAAGGAAGGAUCUCAAGCCUUCGAGAUCCGCUUCUGGCGGCGCCGCGCAGUGCCAGAAGUGCUUCCAAAGCGGACACUGGACUUACGAGUGCAAGAAUGAGAGGGUUUAUAUUUCUAGGCCUUCCCGGACGCAACAGCUUAAAAACCCUAAACUGAGGGUCGAUACGCCUGUCGCGUAUGAUUUGGAUUUGUAUGGCGAUGUUCCUGAUGGUGAUGAUAAGGAGGAAAAGGAGAAGAGGAGGAGGAAGAAGAAGAAGAAGAGUGAAAAGAAACGACGUCGUUAUGAUUCAGAUAGUGAGAAUGACAGUGGGAGUGAUGCAUCUUCUGCCACCGGAUCGGAUUCUUCCUCUGAGAGUAGUUCUGGUUCUGAUUCGGAGGAAGAACGGAAGCGGAGGAGGAAGAAGCAGAGGAAGAGAUCAAGACGCAACCGGAGGAGUUAUAGUUCAUCUUCAGGGUCGGAGUCCGAUGCAGAUUCUGGUUCUGACUCUGAUUCGGAUGAUAAGAGCAGCCGGAGGAAGAAGAGGCGUAGUCGUAGGCGUUGAAUGAGAUCGUGGUCAGGUCCAUGGAGACAAUCAUCAAGAUUCUGCGAUAUGGUGCUUGUUUUUUGUUUGGCAAUGGGUUCAAUUCUCAGUUUGCAGUUCUUGUGUCAAGGUAGUCUGCUACCAUAACCGUUGUAAAAUCUUUAUAUCAAGCUAUAGGAAAUGACUCCCAGUUUUGGCUCCAAACGUAGAACCAAUGUAUUGCAACACCCUCAAAGAAUUUAGCAAUCCAACCAAUUCGGUCUGCCCCUACAACCGCUGACAACUCUUCCUUCUUAGCCCAAAUGUGUGUUUCUUCCAUCUCUAGCACUGGCACUAUCCUGAAGACCCGGCUGGCACUUGCUCCAGGGGAAGAAUGCAUGGCGGGGAUUUUUGUUUGGUGUAACCCAACUUGUGGCAACCGUUGUGGGGACUAGGGACUCUUCGUAACUUGGUCAAGCGAAGGUUCACCGUAGGGGUAUUCAGCAUAUCGCAUUCUUCACUAGUGGAUAUUUUUGCUCACUGGUUAUUAAAAAACAACUAUUCGCCCUCACUCUUUAAACUCCAAUUAAUUAUUCUUGACAUAAUUAAUGAUCUAAACCUUUAGUUUGUGGACUAUUAAAGAAGUUUGCAUUUAGUUUGUGAACUCCUGAAUAUUUAAUUAAACGGCAAUGAUUAGUAUUCGUGAGGACGUGUAACAACAAUAAUCAUGUAUGUUUGGAUUGAUUUCAUUGUUUAAAAUAUGAUGUUUAAUGUAUCUUUAGCUUAA